AUGUCGCGACGUGCACCUCCACCUAUUGAAGGACUUUAUUCUCUGAAGAAUUACGCAAGACAGCGCUGUAAUGGACUAAAGCGUCUCCGUUGGAGAAGGAUCUGGAAAGCGAUUGUCACGCUUUGUGUCAUCGAAGUUGACAACAUCUCUUAUAAUACAACACAAGCUGAUCUUCGAAGAAUGUUCGACAAAUAUGGCGAGAUUGGCGAUAUUCAUAUUCCCAGAGACAAAUACACACGUCAAAGCAAGGGUUUCGGAUUUGUGCGAUUUUAUAGCCGCCGUGAUGCAGAGUACGCAAUGGAUCGCACUGAUGGACGCUGGGUCGAAGGGCGCGAAAUUCGCGUUGCAAUGGCGCGUUAUGAGCGGCCAAUCGACGAGAGAGGGGCUUACACAAGGCGUGGCAGGUAA